AAUAAACAUCAUGUAUUUUGUAAUUAAAAGUAAAAAUCUUAAAAAUAUUAAGAGAAAUGUAUAAUUUGCAAAAUGUUUUUUCGAAGUUUAAAAUUAAGACAAAGAUGCACAAAUCGAAUAUUUUGAACAAGAAAAUCAAUUAAAUUUAAUAAAUAAUGCCUACUAAAGUUCUAAAUGUUACGACUCCUUCAAAAUUCACAAAGAAAAAGAAAAUUAAGGAAAGAAAAAAACGUAAAGUUAAAUCAAAAGGAUGGUUGGAGACACCCGACGAUUGGGCAAGAUUUGAUGCUUGGGCAGCAGUCAAUGCACAACCACGAAAAAUUCCUGAACCAUUACCCAUAAUAAGAGAAACGAGACCUCUUUCGCAAUUCAAGAAGAGAAUUAAGGUUCUGUCUUUCCCAAUGAAGAAGACUGAUGAAAGUGGAUUGGAAUUAGGCGUUUCAAAGGCAGCACUAAAAGCAAAACCAUCUAAACGAAUAAAGAAAUUAGCCAAGUUUACAUUCAAAGAGACAGUAGAUGUAUGUCGAGAAAUUCCAAUUAAGAUUAGAAAAGCAACUCUUCGUUAUGAACCAACUACGAGAAUCAUUGAGCUAAGUAGGCCCUUGAUUCGUAUACCAGAGGAAUGUAAAGCACUUGAAGUUUCACAGAAAGCAUUAAAGCAUGAAACAACGGACAGGGAACGAAUGAUGGCUCUGUCAAAGAAAGCCGUUGAAUGCCCUCAUUUUCUUCUCACUGAUGAGGAAAAAGAAAUGUUAAUGACACCAGCUGGAAUUAUGAAGAGUGCUUUGAUCUAUGAAUUUACACCAUGGAUGUCACUUUUGUCCCUUCCUUCCUAUCGAAAUCUAAAGGAUCGCAACGAUAAGAAUGCUCAGGCUUGGAAAAAGAAAAUUAUCGAAGAAUCCGAGUUAAGAGGAAAAAAAGCUUUAGAGGAGAAAUUAAGGAAAAAGCAGAAGAUGAUAAAGAAAAAAGAAGAAGAAUUUGAAUUUCAGGAUGAAGAAAUUGAUCAAAAAAGUCUUUUACCUGAGGAAGCAAAAGAUGAAGAAAUAGAAACUCAGGAAAAGGGAGAAAGGAAAAGAAAACGAGAAUCGUCCAGAGAAACUGACAAUGAAAGCGAAGAAGCUAAACGAAGAAAAAUAGAGAGAGACGCUUGGAGAUUUGCUCCUAGUCCUUUUCAAGAAAUUGGAGUUAAACAGUCUGCUCUAAAGGCAAUAGCUUCUCCGCGCGUAAAGGAACUUUCUAAAGCAAAUGUUCGUAAAUCACAAGCAUAUUGGGAAAAUCCUUUUGAAGUAAGUAAAUCGGCCCUUUCAGCCUCGGCUAGUGCUAGAAUUUUAGAAAUGUCAAAUCCAAUAAAUCCACGAGAUCCUGUGGAUAAAUCUCCUCCACGUGAAAAGGACAACUACGGUAGACCAAUAUUUCCCAUGCCGGCAUAUGGAAAAGUUUUGCCGGAAGUAAAGUAUAAAAAGUCGGAAUGUAAAAAUACUGAAAAGAAUAAUAAUAAUAAUAACAACCAACAAGCAGUGUCGAAAAAGAGAUCCUUGAAUGCCAUUGUAUUUGAAUCUUCAAUAGAUCCCUACCUUGAUUCUCAACGGGCAAAAAUUCAAAAGAGUGAAAGAAGAAAGUUGGCACAAAUGGAAAAUAAGUCAGAUUCUGAGGUCACAUAAUAUAAAUGUGAAUGUAUGGUUUCACGCCUUAACAUAAAAUUGCUUUUGUUCGAUAAAAGAAUUUACCGAAUCGAAGUGGCCAUUUCUUUCUAAUGGACCGUUUCUUUUCCCAUCGAACAAGUGGAUAAUGGUGUGUAUUGAAAUGGUAAACCUUUUUUUCAAGU